CAAAAUACAAUCACAAAGACCGCGGUCAAAAACUGUCGCACGUGUUUAUAGCAUACAUAGUAUAUCUGCAGUGUUGACUGCGGUAAAGUUAUUUAUACUGUAAAACAUAGCUACACCGAACAUACUAUAAUCCUACUACAACUUAUAGCAUUCAUCUAAUAAUAACACUGAUGCAUGUUGCUAAAAGUCUAUGCUGCGACGGUAUUGAAACACAGUGUUAUAGUUAGGAAGUUGUGCCGGUUAUAUAGUAGUAGUGUAAAAAUGUCGCUAGAACAAGCAAAACAAGUUGCCGCAUACCGGGCGGUUGACGAGUUUGUAACUAAUGGCUGCAUCUUUGGCGUCGGAAGUGGAUCAACUGUCGUAUAUGCCGUUCAGCGGUUAGCUGAACGCGUUGAAACGGAAAACUUGAAGGUGACCUGCGUCCCUACAUCUUUUCAAGCCAAACAGCUGAUUGUAAAACAUAACCUGACGUUAGGAGAACUUGAUACAAGUCCUGUGAUUGAUGUCACAAUCGAUGGAGCUGAUGAAGUGGACUCGCACAUGACGCUGAUUAAGGGUGGUGGUGGGUGCUUACUCCAGGAGAAAAUAGUGGCUUCCUGCUCUAAGAAACUCAUUGUUAUUGCUGACUACACCAAAGAUUCCGUCAAACUCGGGGACAGGUACAAAAAAGGGAUACCAAUUGAAGUAGUUCCCCUAGCAUAUGUUCCUAUUCAAAAGAAGAUUGAGGCAAUGUAUGGAGGGGAAGUAAAAUUACGUAAAGCUGUAGCCAAGGCUGGGCCAGUAGUGACUGAUAAUGGUAACUUCAUUUUGGACUGGCUGUUCACUAACCAAGACUUAGACUGGGAUAAAGUUAGUAAUGUAAUUAAGAUGAUUCCGGGAGUGGUUGAGACUGGCUUGUUUGUUAAGAUGUGCCACAAAGCUUAUUUUGGGCAGCCAGAAGGCAAUGUUGUAGAGAGGCAAUAAUCCUCCUUUAUCAAUUUAUAGUUAUAAGUGAAAUUGUAAUUCUGGUUAUUCUCUUAAAGUUGACUCUAGAUGAUCUGUCGUGUAAAUUGUAGGUAGUUGUAAAAUUCUACAUCAUUUAUUCUUGAAAUUUUAAAAGCAUAUCCUGAUAAAUGUAAUUUUAAAAGAGUUACAUUGUGAGAAUAAAUUGUUCAGGUAGUAAU